CAACUUGCGUAAGCUGUUUAUAGAGUUCUCGCACUAAAGAAAAGUGCCAAUCCGUGCUAGAGGGUCAGUGCAAAAAGGGAAGUGUUGUCAAGGCGAGCACUGAGGCGGCAGCACAGGAACGGCGUUGCAAGCGGUAAGUGUUUGCACUGACACGCCGGCAAUCAUAUCGCUUGCUCUGCGGAGCUACCGUCAGCCGAGAAGUGCCGCGCGGGCAAGCGCCUCGAAACUCCAUACCCGCGCCGAUUUUCUUAUCUCCUCCGGCAGCAAAACGCGUAUACAAUAACAAGCACGAUUUCGCCCAGCAGCAGCAGUAGCAGCACCACGAGGUCAGAGAAGCGUUCGCCAGCGUAAAAGACACCUGCCUGCGUGUGCUCCGUGCUGACCCGCAAGGAACGACUGAAAACAGAAAGAACAAGACAAACAAAAAGUAGCAAGGGUGGUCAUCGAACCACGCGCUCGUUCGACGAGCGGUUAUCGCAACAGUCACAGCUGGUGAGAAACUUCUUACGACGGGCUCGAGUGACAGAAGGCAAGCUAACGAGACCGGACGUCCUGGCCUUCUAGCAGAGCGCAGGCAAGAAACGGGAAGGUCGAGCCUACACGUACGACGUGGUCUACCAGAAGUGCGCGCGUUUCCGGACCAUGGCGCAGCGUUCCGCAUCAACGUACCGCGCGACGUUCCUCGCCCUUGUGGCCACGGCUCUGGCGGGCCAGUGCGAGGCCGCAUGGAAAUCCUGCUCGGCGAACAACGGGCAAGUGCUAGACCUGACGGUGAACACACCCUGCAACAAAGACCGCUACAUCCUCCAGAAGGGCACGAACGUCACGCUCAACGUCCAGUUCUGGUCCUCCGUGGACAGCGACCACGUGACUGCGCGCGCGCACGGCUUCGUGAUGGGAGUGCCGAUCCCGCUCAAGAUGCCCAACGAAGACGGCUGCAAGAACAGCGGCAUCGAGUGCCCCGUGAAGAACGGCGAAAAGUACGCGUACGUGCAGCAGUUCGAGGUGAAGCCUUCCUACCCCAAGAUGAGCGCUAACCUGAGGUGGGCGCUCGGCGAUUCGAACGGUGGCACGGUGGCCUGCGUGAUCUUGCCCGUGGACAUCGUCGAGUGAUAUUGCCGGAUGCACUGGUCACGUGACGAGGACACGAUGGAUGCGCAUACGCCAAAGCAGGAUCGCGUCGUGUGACGUGUCAUUGCCCUUCGUAUUCGGCCCCCAUUUGUUUUACGUAGCAAGCCAGAGCGCAUUAAAAAGGCAAAACCUGA